UAUACUCCUCACAAACUAUAAUAAUACCAGUCUACAAUCUGGUGGUGUAUGAACUGAGAAAAAGUUUAUCCCUGCAAGUAUAAUAGCAGUCUAAGAAUAUGUACCCUGUGGAAGAGGAUGGACUACUGCAUCCUGGGAAGGGCGGCAACAGAAGGCGAUUCAACGACGCACAAAUCCAGUCGCUGGAGAGCAUGUUUGAGGCGCAGACGAGGCCUGAGCUUCGGGUGAAGCAGCAGCUAGCUAAGAAUCUGGGACUGCAGCCUCGCCAGGUGGCUAUAUGGUUCCAGAACAAGAGGGCUAGAUCCAAGUCGAAGCAGAUCGAGCAUGAUUACAGGAAGCUGAAGAUGAGUUAUGAUGCUCUAAAUUCCAAGUUACAAACACUGAAACAAGAGCACGAAUCCCUGCUUCUCCAGUUACAGAGUCUAAGGAAACUGACCGAAGAAACUGGCGACAAGGAGACUGAUGAGGAGGGAACCUCGUUAGGGACAGAGGAGAAGCCAAACUGUACACACCAAACUUCCAGCCCAGAAUUUGUUCUACCUCAGACCAACCGCCCGGAAGCAGAAACUGGUGUUCUGAACAUAAUAGAUACAGGGGAAGGUUCCUUCUCCUCUAUUGGGGAGAAAUGUGAGUUUGAGACCGAUGGCUUCUUUCACAAUUCCUGUUGUAGUUCACAGUGGUGGGAAUUCUAGGUAGGGAUAAUGAAUGUCAUAGGAAUCAUUUAGGUAGUAGAAGAUCAAAUUUUGUGUAUUUCCUCGGAUCCUCGAGAUGAGCUGAAAAGAAGAUACCUCUUUUGAUACUGAA